GGAGAAGAAAAGAAGAAGGCAGGGAGGGACGCAGCUGCAUGCAUUAUGUAUUGUAGCAUCGAGAUCUGCACUGCUGACAGUCGGCUGACGGACGUAUCUGCAGGCACGCAUUGACGAGCCCAGAUCAUGGCUUUGCUUCGUCCGUGGACCGUCGCUGUGGCCGUCCUCUCAGGUACGUAUGCAAUGGCCACGAAGGCGUGAUGACGAGUCCAGCCGUGAUGCAUCAAUCAAACGCAUUCAGUGCAUUGGGCUGUGCCUGCCGUGUGUGGCUAUGGGUGUGUGUGUGUCUUUGCUUCAUCAGCGAUAUGCGGCUACGUCAUCGUGUCGUCCCCUCUCGACCCCGUGGUUGUGCCGUCACAUGACGUGGCGCCCAUGCCCACCGGGGCCUUUCCCAUUCAGACCUUCCUGAAUGCCUCCAAGGCGCUCUACACAAACAUCACUGGGGUGGGUGGGUGGCCAGGCAGGCAACAAGCAACACGCAGAUCUCUGUCUGCGAAACCACACCAGGAGCGCUCUGCGUGUGCAGGGUGGGGAGGCCUUUGCAGCUGACAAGAAGGGCUUUGUCUACACAGGCACCUCAGAAGGUGGGCGCUGCGGAUCGGACGGGAGAACUGCAGUGGUUUGGUGGAUGGAUGGAUGGAUGUCUGUGCCUUAGGUAGGAUCAUCCGUCUGGUGGAUGACGACACGUGGGAGCACGUGGCCUUCACCGCCCCACACAGACACCUGGGCGGUCAGCAAACACACACAAACACGAACACAGACACAAAGCGAUGGCCAUCACAUGGCUUCCCUCCCUGCGUGUGUGUGCGCAGACGGCAGCGAGGAGAUGUGCUCAAAGGCGGACAUCGACAACGAGCCCUUCUGCGGCCGCCCGCUGGGCCUCUCUUUCGACAAGCAGGGCAACCUCCUCGUGUGCGACGCUUACUAUGGACUCAUGUGUGUGCGAGCAACCAUACCCACGCGCAUUUGUGCGUGACGUCCCUCUCACGUGUGUCUGCAUGUGUGUCAGGAUAUUCGAAUGGCCCGAGGGCAGCGGCAACGGGGGGCCGGCACAGGGCCGCAUCCUGACGGACGAUUCGGCACCUGACGGGCGGAGGGUGGUUUUCUGCAACACGCCCGUCGAGGGGCCGGAUGGCCUCGUCUACUUCACCGACAGCAGUGCCAAGUUCAAGCGGAAUCGGGUGUUCCUCGAGUUGAUCGAGAGCGGAGCGACAGGAGCCCUCAUGUCGUAUGACCCGAGGUGGGUGGGUGAGCCUGAUGGCGAACGGACACAUGCCCUGAUAUGUAUGUUGUGUGUUCUCCUGAUUGCAAUCUGUGCAUGAAGCACGAAGGAGACCCGCGUGCUGCACAAGGACCUGCCCUUCCCCAACGGCAUGGCAGUGUCGUUUGACGAGACCCACCUGCUCAUCAACUCGUGCACACGCGCACUUAUUUGGAAGUACCACCUCACCGGAAGCAACAAGGGUGCCAGACACACAACCACACAAAGACACACACGCACCAGGACGCGGCUGUGGCCAUUGGCAUCCAUCCAUCCAUUCUGUGUGUCAGGUGAGCUGGAGGUAUUUGGGCGAAACUACCCGAUCAUCCCAGAUAACAUCCACCGCUCGCCGAGAGGCACCUACUGGGUGGGUGGGGCCCUUCCGUCCACCCGGGCAGCCAUUGUCGCCAGGCUGUACCCAUGGAUAAGAAAGGUGAGUUGGGACCGAGGCCGAGACGCCCGACCUUGCGUGUGUGGUUUCCCAUUGUCAGUUGAUGGCUGGCUUGCCAUAUAAAGUGCUUGUGCUGUUGACUCUGGUGACGGUUGUGGGUGGAGGGGGCGGCUGGGCGAUGGAGAUCGAUGACACAGGGAAGGUCCUGAGGCUCGUCACAGACCCAUCAAGUGCGCACGCACCUACCACACCACACCACAUGGAAUCGACGCGUCUUUCCUCGAUGCACUCGUCUGUGUGUGUGUCUUUGCUUCCUUCAGGUCGGGUGAGGCUGACGAGUGAGGCCUUCGAGCACAACGAUCGGAUGUAUGUGGGCUCGUUUGUGAGCAAGAUGCCGAUAUUUGUGGCGGACAUGCCACCUACGUGAUAAACGAACACGAUGAUAUACAUUUUGAAAUAGCCACCUGUGACCUUUUCCUGUCAUGUGACCUCCGUGUGUGUGUCGCGUCUGUCCUUCCGAAUCUGGUUGGGCGAGCGGUGAUUUAUCCGUUGGUGGGCAGAUUUGUGCGUUGCAGCUUUUGUCAGCUCAGU